UCACAACCAACCCAUCAAUAAAUGAUAACCAGUUAUCUUUAAAUGGUGUCAUUGAUGGUGACAAGGGGUCUUAUCAUUGUAAAGCUAGCUCCAAAUAUGGUUCUGCAGUAUCCAACAUUGCUUCCCUUGAUGUAAAAAAUGACGGUAGGAGUUUCUGUGAUUCGUCGCCCCUAUCACAUCUCAAAGUCUUGCCGAAGGACUGUCCACAGACUGGAGAAAAUCCACUGCUGUACGAAGUUGGCCGUUGCCGUAGAAACAAGUGUAUAGAGCGACCAAAGGCAAACGCCGAAUCUGAGUAUUGUUGUGGGUCGACUCACCAAAUAGACAGACGACUUGCAUGUGCAGACUACUCACUGGACAUUGUUGUGACUUUGGAGUGUGGUUGUAUAAUUUGUAAUCAAGCUAAUGUUGGGGGUAAUAUCAUUGCUACCAAUCGCAAGGUUACAUUUAGCGGGUAUGCUCAUGAUAUAGUUGACGCAAACUUUCCUCUUAGAUUUGGGAAGGUAUAUUUAUUUGAUGAAGAGGUUGCAACAACUAGUUAUAAUGGUGAGUUCAAUUUUCCCGUCGCUCUUGACAUGGCAAGGAUCGUAGUCACUUUCAAGGAAGGAUUUAUCAAAAAUAACUUCAUUGAGACAUCUAAGGUAUUUAACAUACCCAAAGAUUAUUCUGGUAAUUUUUACAGAGACAUUCCUCUUUUGAGAAAAUCUACUGUUGUAGAAAUUCCCUCAUCAGAAACAACAACUCUCUCCUUGGCUAACUCAACGUCUGGGAGUUCAUUUGCUGACGUCAUCAUUCCCGGUGAGUCAUUUUACAAAGCUGAUGGUACGAAAUACAGUGGUCCUGUUCAAGCGGCUAUAAAUUUUAUAGACCCUCGGGAUACUGACCUCCUUGACGCCAUGGUUGGGGAUUUAACUUUCACUGAUGACAAUGGGGAUAUUGGGUCAUUGCAAACAUUCGGAAUGUUCCACCUAGCAUUUAGUGAUUUGGCCGGAAAUGAUCUUAGCAUCAAAGGAGAAGUAGGGAUGGCAAUAAGUGCUGAUGUCAUAGGUGCAGGACUGAAUAAUGCAACUAGUGUAAAAUUAUGGUCUUUUAAUCCCUCCUCGGCCAGAUGGGAAUUUGAAGGGAAUUUGAGACGAGUUUCGAAAGCAAGAAAAAAGCGAUCCCAAGGGGGCACCACAGACUUUUUUGUUGGUGACACAGUCAUAACAGAUCGUUACUGGUUCAACUUUGACGACGACAGUUUAAAUUACUGUUUCAUAAAAGUAAAAGCAUAUAGUGAACCAAGUUUGACUACACCAUCAUUACCCUGGGACCGUAUUUUAGACCCCACCGUAAUUGCGUUGGAUCAAACAAUGGGGAGCGCAGGACGAACUGUCACAGGCAGUAUGAGUUAUGAUUCUUUGACAGGUGUAACAUCGAAUAAGACUGCAUACUAA